ACUCGUGGAAGGGGAAGGGGGUUGGAAUGCUAGGCGUGCGGUGGAAGUUUCUAAGUAAUCGAGCUCUGUGUGCGCCUGAACACAACCAUUCCUCGUGUGCGUGACGGAAAACGCUGACCGAGAGCCGCUAUACAGAGAGAGAGAGACACCAGGACAGAGUUUCAACCGCAGCAGCCCGCGUCUAUAUAUAUAUAUGUAUAUUUAGCCUAUGUAUUUUUAGCCGUGUUGUGCCUUCUUUCUGCAAAAUAAUAUAUAAUAACCAAACACAGACAUUGCUAUGGCAACCGGCGUGCGUCAUGAUGCAAUGGGGGGUAACAUAUCCUUCGCUUUGUCGGACUGUUACGCAAAAGCCGAAGCGUUAGCCCGAAAAGUUCACAGCGAAGCCCGGCAGAUCAGAGAGAGUUACAGAGAAAAGCAAGGCUUGAGCCCAGAUCUCAACCUGGACUCCAUCGCUGGGGUACCCGAGUCUGGCACCUCAAAAUGGGGAGAGCUGACCGAGGAAGAGAGGCUGACAGAGAACGCAGUGGCCUUCGCUGCCUUUCACAGCCUGCUGGGCGAAGUCCUGAAAGAACAGCAGGAUGACCUAACUCCCGGGGACUACCAGUUCCACGAUGCACUGCUUUCCCUGCUGGCCAAGGUCGAGGCCCUGGCUGAAAGCACCAAGCAGCUGCUUCUCUCUCUGGGCUAUCCGCUGCCCAGGGCUGGGGAGGAGAGAGAGGAAAAAGGUCUCCCGUACUUUGAGAAGAAGAAGAGGGGCUACAAAGUGAUGGUGGAGCUCUGCGGCUGGGCUCUGAGAGCCGUGCGGGGCUUCAGCAGACUGAAGAGGAGAAACAAGAAGGAGGAGGAGGGAGGGAAGAGGGAGGUUAAGAAGCGAGGGAGCAGGAGAUAGGGAGAGAG